AUGAAUCACGAUGAAGAAUAUGAAGAGUAUGACAAUGAUCUCGGAAUGGAUGUUGAUGAUGUACAGUCAGAUGAAGAGGAUGAGACAGAAAUUCAACCACAAAUGUGGCAGGAAGCAUGUUGGGAAGUUAUUGCCUCAUACUUUGAUGAGAGAGGUUUAGUACGCCAACAGUUAGAUUCUUUUGAUGAAUUUAUUCAAAUGAGUGUUCAGAAAAUUAUUGAAGAAACACCGCCAAUUGAAUUACAAACUGAACUUCAACAUCAUUCUAUGGAGCUUGAGACUGCGACAAAAUUUUCAAUAAAAAUGGAUCAAAUUUAUUUAUCAAAACCUACCCAUUGGGAAAGUGAUGGUGUUGCACAUCCAAUGAUGCCGAAUGAUGCAAGACUUAGAAACUUAACAUAUGCUGCACCAUUAUAUGUUGAUAUUAUUAAAACCGUAACAAGAAAUGAUAGUAACAAAGAAACUGUUGACACUAAAGUAUCUUUAGGAAAAAUACCAAUUAUGCUUAGGUCUUCAUAUUGUAUGUUGAAUGAGAUGAGUGACAGAGAUUUAGCCGAAUUAAAAGAAUGCCCUCUUGAUCCUGGUGGCUAUUUUGUAAUUAAUGGCAGUGAAAAAGUUUUAAUUGCACAAGAAAAAAUGGCUACAAAUACUGUGUAUGUUUUUGCAAUGAAAGACGGAAAAUUCCAAUAUAAAACUGAAUGCCGUUCAAUGCUUGAAAAUUCUAAUAGACCUGUUAGUACCUGUUGGGUAAACAUGUUAAAUCGUUCUGGUGGAAUUGCUGGUAAGAAAGGUGGUGUUGGUCAAAAAAUUAUUGCUAUAUUACCAUAUAUUAAACAAGAAAUUCCAAUUAUGAUUGUAUUUAGAGCUCUUGGAUUUGUUAACGAUCGUGAUAUUUUAGAACAUAUUAUUUAUGAUUUCAAUGAUCCAGAAAUGAUGGAAAUGGUAAAGCCUUCUUUAGAUGAAGCAUUUGUUAUUCAGGAUCAAGAUGUAGCUUUAAAUUUUAUUGGGGCUCGUGGUGCAAAACCUGGUAUUACAAAAGAGGCAAGAAUAAAAUAUGCAAAAGAAAUAUUGACAAAAGAAUCUUUACCUCAUGUUGGUGUGGGACCUCAUUGCGAAACAAAAAAAGCUUACUUUUUAGGAUAUAUGGUUCAUAGACUAUUGUCUGCUGCAUUAGGUAGAAGAGAAUUAGAUGACCGUGAUCACAUUGGAAAUAAAAGGUUAGAUAUGGCUGGUCCUUUACUUUCAUUCCUUUUCCGUGGAAUGUUAAAAAAUAUGAUUAAAGAGUUUCGACUUGUUGCUCAAAAACACAUUGAUAAAAAUGGAGAUUUUUUGGUACCAAGUUGUAUAAAUACUUCAUUUAUUACUAAAGGAUUAGCUUAUUCUCUUGCAACAGGAAAUUGGGGUGAUCAAAGAAAGGCUCAUCAAAGUAGGGCUGGAGUUGCACAAGUUUUAAAUAGACUAACAUAUACUGCUACACUUUCACAUCUUCGUCGUGCUAAUUCACCAAUUGGAAGAGAUGGCAAAUUAGCUAAACCACGUCAACUUCAUAAUACUCAAUGGGGUAUGGUUUGUCCUGCUGAAACACCUGAAGGUCAAGCUGUAGGAUUAGUAAAAAAUCUUGCUUUAAUGGCAUAUGUAUCUGUUGGUUCAACAGCAGACCAUUUAAUGGAGUUUUUAGAAGAAUGGUCUAUGGAAAAUCUUGAAGAAGUAUCUCCAUCAUCAAUAAAAGAUGCAACAAAAGUUUUUGUUAAUGGUGCAUGGGUUGGUAUUCAUCAUGAUCCUGUUGCUUUAAUGACAACAUUAAAGAAAUUACGUCGUCAAAUGGAUAUCAUUGUCUCUGAAGUUUCUAUGGUUCGAGAUAUUCGUGAUAGAGAAAUUAGAAUAUUGUCUGAAGCAGGCCGUAUUUGUAGGCCUCUUCUUGUUGUUGAAAGUGGUCAAUUAACUUUACGAACUAAACACAUUCGUAAAUUAAAAGAACUUGAUGAAGAUGGAACUAAACCAUACAGUUGGAGUGAUUUAAUCUCUGAUGGAGCUGUUGAAUUGAUUGAUGCUUUAGAAGAGGAAACUUGUAUGAUUGCUAUGAAUCCAGAAGAUUUGAAAAAUGAAUAUUGUAGAAAUUACACACAUUGUGAAGUCCAUCCAGCCAUGAUUCUCGGAGUAUGUGCUUCUAUUAUUCCAUUCCCUGAUCACAAUCAAUCACCCAGAAACACAUAUCAAAGUGCUAUGGGUAAACAGGCUAUGGGUGUGUAUGCAACUAAUUUUCAUGUUCGAAUGGAUACUCUUGCGAAUGUUCUUUAUUAUCCACAAAAACCUUUAGUAACAACAAGAUCUAUGUCUUUCUUGAGAUUUAAUGAAUUACCUGCUGGCAUCAAUGCAAUUGUUGCAAUUUUGUCUUAUUCAGGUUAUAAUCAAGAAGAUUCUGUUAUUAUGAAUCAAUCUGGAAUUGAUCGUGGUUUGUUUAGAUCUGUUUUCUACCGCUCAUAUCGUGAUCAAGAAGCUAAUGUUAAAUCUAGUGAAUGUGAAUUAAUUGAACUUCCAACUCGUGAUUCAUGUUCUGGAAUGCGUCACUCUAUUUAUGAAAAACUUGAUGUAGAUGGAAUUAUUUCUCCUGGAGUACGUGUUUCUGGAGAUGAUGUUAUAAUUGGUAAAACAUUAAGUGUUGCUGAAAUUGAAGAUGAAGCUGUUCAGGCUAAUCAGAAAUUUACCAAACGUGAUUCUUCUACAUUUUUAAGAAGUUCUGAAACAGGAAUCGUUGAUCAAGUAAUGUUAACUGUCAAUGCUGAUGGUAAUAAGUUUAUAAAAGUUCGCGUGCGUUCUAUAAGACUUCCUCAAAUUGGAGACAAAUUCGCUUCAAGACAUGGACAAAAAGGUACAAUGGGAAUGAUGUAUCGUCAAGAAGAUAUGCCUUUUACAAAAGAAGGAUUGUCUCCAGACAUCAUUAUUAAUCCUCAUGCCGUUCCAUCUCGUAUGACAAUUGGUCAUUUAAUUGAAUGUCUUCAAGGAAAGUUAUCAGCUUGUAAAGGAGAAAUUGGUGAUGCUACACCAUUUAAUGAUACUGUUAAUGUACAAAAAAUUUCUGAUCUUCUUCAUGGUUAUGGUUACCAUUUACGUGGUAAUGAAGUCAUGUAUAAUGGACAUACAGGUAGAAAACUUCAGACACAAAUUUUCUUUGGUCCAACAUAUUAUCAAAGGUUAAAGCAUAUGGUUGACGAUAAAAUUCAUUCACGUGCUCGUGGACCUGUCCAAGGAAUGAAUAGACAGCCUAUGGAAGGAAGAGCUCGUGACGGUGGUUUAAGAUUUGGUGAAAUGGAACGUGAUUGUCAAAUUUCUCAUGGUGCAGCCCAAUUUUUACGUGAAAGAUUAUUUGAAGUUUCUGAUCCCUACCAUACUUAUGUAUGUAAUGUCUGUGGUUUGUUUGUUGUUGCCAACCUCAGGACGAAUACUUUUGAAUGUAAAGCAUGUAAAAAUAAGACACAAAUAUCAGCUAUUAGAAUUCCUUAUGCAUGUAAGCUUUUAUUCCAAGAACUCAUGUCUAUGUCAAUUGCACCAAGAUUAAUGACUAAUUAG